AUGGCGACAUCAAAAACUGCUAGAACGUUCGACGCUUUCUUCAAAGAUAUCAUAGAGAACUUAUUCUUUUCGGACUUUCACGACCAGCAACAAAGUCGCUUCAGUAGACUGUCUCGCAACAAAAACAUCAACAACAUCAUUAACAACAAUAACAUCAACAACAACAACAACAACGACGACGACUUCAGCAACAUCAACAUAAGGAACAACAGCAACAACAACAGCAAUGACGACAGCAACGACAACAUCAAUGAGAGCAACAAUCUGAAUUUUAAAUCUCGCUCUACAACGCCCGUCAACGGUAAAGUUUGA